CGGGGCGAGCGAAGGGCCUGACCCGGAAGUGGAGCGCCUUCCUUUCUCCUGGGCAAUCACACUGCGCGUCCCCAGCUCACGCCGGACAGGCUCCGCCCCUGGCUCUCUUCGCCAGCGUGAGGCUGCGUUGAUUUGAAUUUGGAGCCUGGUUACUCCGGGAGGAAUGCGAAGCGAGGAGUUGUCAUUCGAAUUUACUACGCGGCCUCGAUGCGAUUGGCUGGUUCGCGGACAGCGGUGAGACGCGAUUGGCCAGUCGCGCGCAAGGCCCGUGCUCUGGUUGGCCUAAGCGCGGAAGCGGGGAGUUAAAGAGUCUGUGCCUGUCGUGGGAGCUGGACUGGCACCUCGGAAGCGCCCUGGAGUCGCUUUGAGGGGCUUCCUAUUUGUACACACCACUAGUUUUCUCUCUGUGCUAUGGGAGAUGUCAGAGAAUCAAAAAUGCAAAUAACACCUGAAACUCCAGGAAGAAUUCCUGUUUUAAAUCCUUUUGAAAGUCCUGGUGAUUACUCUAAUCUCCACGAACAAACUGUCUCCAGUCCUUCUGUUUUUAAAUCGACAAAAUUACCAACUCCAGGGAAAUUUAGAUGGUCUAUUGAUCAACUAGCCGUAAUAAAUCCUGUAGAAAUAGACCCAGAAGACAUUCAUCGUCAAGCUUUAUACUUAAGUCGUUCUCGAAUAGAUAAAGAUGUGGAAGACAAAAGACAAAAAGCCAUUGAAGAGUUUUUCACUAAGGAUGUCAUCGUACCCUCUCCUUGGACUGAUCAUGAAGGGAAGCAGCUUUCAGAAUAUGAUUCCAGUAAAUGUAUUAACGUCAAUAAUGAAUCUCCAAUUGGAAGAAAGCUGACCGUACAUUCUGAGACAAGCAAUGCUGCUUGCCAGACAUUACUGUCUCUUCCUGUGGAUUUUAAUUUAGAAAAGGUAUUAGGUGACUAUUUUAGAGCUGAUGAAUUUGCAGAUCAAUCUCCCGGAAACCUCAGUUCUUCAUCCCUCAGAAGAAAGCUAUUUUUAGAUGGCAACGGAAGUAUCUCUGACUCCUUACCUCCAGCUUCUCCCAGAAGUCCUCGUAGUGGUGUUCAAGCAUCACUUGAGGUUUUUUAUUCAAUAGAUCUAUCUCCUGUGCAGUGUAGGAGCCCUGUGCAGACCCCGAGUUCGGGGCAGUUUUCUUCUAGCCCUAUUCAGGGUAGUGCAAAAAAAUACAGUUUGGGAAGCAUAACCAGUCCUUCACCUAUUUCUUCACCCACUUUCUCACCAAUUGCAUUUCAAAUAGGAAAGACACCACUCUCAGAGCAAAGGAAGUUAACUUUCCAUUCUCCUGAUGCUUCGUCUGGAACAAAUUCUAAUGGAAUUACCAAUCCGUGUAUCAGAAGUCCUUAUAUAGAUGGCUGCUCACCAAUUAAAAAUUGGUCUCCUAUGAGACUUGAGAUGUGUACAGGGGGUGCUAAGUAUCGGCCCUCACUGAUUCGGGUACCUUUUACUCUCGAGGCUCACAGCGAAGAUGAAGGAGACAAGGCAGAUGUUCCUUCCACAGACGCCUCCUCCCUAGCUUUGGGCACGGCUGGAGUCCACCUGCCGCAGUUGGAUGGUGACACUUGUCCACAUGGCGCGCACUUGGUAGUGACCGCCAUGUCUAUUACCCAGAACCAGUCCGGUGCUUCUGAGAAAGAAUUGGCACUGCUUCAGGAUGUGGAAAGUGAGAAGGAGAAUAACACUGUGGAUAUGGUCGAUCCCAUAGAGAUAGCAGAUGAGACCACUUGGAUUAAGGAGCCCGUUGACAAUAGGAGUUUACCCAUGACUGACUUUGUGAGUGGGAUCGCCUUCAGUAUUGAAAACUCUCACAUGUGCAUGUCACCUCUCGCAGAAAGCAGUGUCAUUCCUUGUGAAAGCAGUAACAUUCAGAUGGAUAGUGGCUAUAAUACACAGAAUUGUGGAAGCAAUAUUAUGGAUACGGUUGGAGCAGAAAGUUACUGCAAAGAAAGUGAUGCACAAACCUUGGAAGUCGAGAAUAAAUCUCAAGUUUUUAAUAUAAAGCAAGACCACUCAAUGCAAAGGUGUUGGAUGAAAAUUGCAAAUCGGCCUCAAUGCAGCAGCCCGUAGAGCACCUCUCUCAGAACCAAAGCCUCUAACUGGACAGCUCCUCACAUAUUUUUCAUGCAUGGGAUCCAUAAUGUGAUCGUGAUGGGGAAGAAACUGCUUCAACUAACAUGCUGAGCUUUUUUUCUUUCCCUCCUUAAUGUGAAAAACCAAGGGCUUAAUUUAGUGACAACAGAAAAGCUCCUGGAACUUUCAAAGAAGUUACUGAAGUACAAGUUCAGCUUUUAGCAAUAAAUAUUUUUGUACUGAC